AUGGCAACUAAUUCUCUCCAUUCAAUUCAACACCAUUCUCUCAUGAAACGCCAACACUACUACAACCCUUCUGAAACAGCUCCUCCAUCCACACUUUCAUCCUCACUGUUCCUCAAACCAACCAGCACAAACAUAACCCUCUCUCACUCUUCAACUUCCAACACUUUUACCACAUUCUCACUCUCUCAAACAACAUCCUCCACGCCAUCAUCAACCUCUCAAUCCUCCUCCUUUGAACUCCUCCAGCAGCUUCUCUCAGCCAAAAACUUCCGCGAAGCUGACGACGAGACAAGGCGGCUUCUCAUCGUGUUAGCAGGCGAAGCAGCUCAGAGGCGGGGAUAUGUUUUCUUCUCAGAGGUCCAGUUCAUCUCAGAAACAGACCUCCAGACAAUUGACAAGCUGUGGAGGGAGCAUAGUGACAACAAGUUUGGAUACAGUGUUCAGAAGAAACUAUUCGGUAAGGCUAAAAAAGACUUCACCAACUUCUUCAUUAAGGUUGGUUGGAUGAAGAAGCUUGACACUGAGAUGGAGCAGUAUAACUAUAGGUCCUUUCCUACAGAGUUUAUAUGGGAGCUCAAUGAUGAUACACCAGUGGGUCAUUUACCUUUGACAAAUGCACUCAGAGGAACACAGUUGCUGAGUAAUAUAUUUAGCCAUCCAGCUUUUGAUGCAGUUCAAGAUGAAGUUGAAGUUUCAUUUGGUAAAACUGGGGGAAAUGGAGGAUUCAAAGGGUUGAAAGAUUCAUCAAAGACAUCAGCUCAGAAUAUCUUCAAAUCAGACUAUAGUUUCUGA